AAACCUGUAACAAUAAUUUCCUGGAUAAUAACAACUUUCAAUUCAAUUAUCUGAUCUUCUACUUUUCUAGAUCUUGAAUAUCAAAACAUAGAUUUCUCAGUACCCCUUAUUGGUUAAGAUCCACGUCCCAAUGAAAAACACGUCAAUCACUUCAAAAUAUCAUCACAAACUUUUCCAUAGCCUCGCCAAAAGAAAAUUCUUAAUCAGUAGAAUCUUCCUCAAAAGAUUCACCCCCACACAUCAUGCAUUUAGACUCCCAGAAGAAAUAUUCACAAUAGAGUUUUUCGGAAAUUCACCUUUCAUUUUGGUUAUUGGUAUUAACUGUUGAGUUUGAGAAGCUAGGUGGGCAAAAAUUACACUUGUGAAAAUCUUAAUUUUAUUAGUCACAAGUUAAUUUACGCACACAACUUAUGUACAAAUUCACACAAAGGAAAUGAAAACACAGAAAUGAUGGUCAUUUCACACAAAGGAUAUUAGUCCACAAAUUUGUUUUCUGAAUUUUCAAGUUCACAAGCAAAACACACUCAUGGAGACCAUGGGAGUGAAUCAAACGUGAUGUUCAAGCACCGUUUACAUGAACUAAUAAUCAACAGAUGGGUGGCCCUUCGUAAUAAAGAAAUGAUAAUGAGGAUAAAUUAGUAAAGUAUCAACUGUGUGGUGUCUGGUUCAUCGAUUAGUCAAGAGGCUCUGUAAUUGUUGUAGAUACUCACUGUCACCACCACCACGACCACCCUCCUCCACCUCCUUCGAUUUCAUCUCCUCACCGUCACCACCACCACCACCAGUACCGAAACUUUGCUCUUCUAUUGUCACCACCACCCUUCUCCCAAUUUUGAUUACAAUUCAUAACUAUUUCAACUGAAAUCCAAAUUAGUAUGGAAUUGGGAUGAAUUGAAAUCAAUAUUGUCAAUUCAAUGAAUUCACAAAGCUCAUCACGUUACAGUUCAUAAACCUCAUCACGUUACAGGUACAGGUACAUAUAUUUCUCCAUAUUCUCCAAUUUCAGUUUCACUCGCGAUCUCAUAUAUUACCUGUUUGUCUAAAUGCCUAAGAGAAUGUAGAACAUUAUGUAACUUUAGAUUAAGCUAAACCGUGUUUGUAUCACAUAUCUAACAUCUAUACUAAAGUUUCCAUUUCUUAGUUUGUGUUUUUGUUAGGGUUUUUCUUAUUGUGAAUUUGAUCUUCUUCACCUUCGUUUUCCUUCACUAGUUCUUCUUGUCGACUGUAGAAUUGAGGUUAGAUGGAUAACCUUCCCACAGAUAUCAUAGACAAUAUACUUUCUCGGUUACCCGUUGAGUCGAGAUUACAAAACAGACGAGUAUCCAAGUCUUGGAAAAAUCUCAUCGGUGAUCGUAAGAAAGGUCUCCUGUUAUCAUAUGCAAACCUUAUUGAUAAUGUUUGGGAUACAAAAAUAGACCUCUACUAUGGAGAUGAUCUUGAUAAUCUUGAGCAGUUCUACUCCACCGAGGCGCUAACAAAGCUAGACAGUGCAACAUACAGUUUGUGUACCUUAAGUGGACACUCAAUUUGGAACAAAUAUCAUCAUCACAUGGUUGGUUCAUGCAACGGCUUGGUUUGUCUUCACUUGAAUACACAAGUCACAAAUGCUCGUUGUGGUGCUAUCUGCAAUCCAGUAACGGGAGAAUUCCUUUUACUUCCAGGCUUAACAAAACCAAGUUCUUUACGAGAUUGGGGAAUUAUUGGGUUUGGAUAUGUUCCUUCCACCAGGGAGCAUAAGGUUGUCAGAUGCAGUUACAGGCUCUUAGAAGGUGAGCAGAAUGGACUUCUAGAAGUAUAUACUCUUGGAUCUCAAACUGGGUGGAGAGUAAAAGAAAAAAUCCCUCACAAGUUCUAUUCGGCGACCCUCUUUGUCAAUGGAGCAAUUCAUUGGAUUGGAAAAAUAAUUCAAGGAGGGCAUGAGGUGUAUAAGGUUGUCGCCUACGAUCUGGCAGAAGAGAAGGUGAAAUAUGUCUCAUCACUACCUUUUGAAUAUUUUAAGGGAUAUGACCCUACUACUGGUAGACUCGAGUUGUUGGGAGGACACCUAUGUGCAGUUAAGUAUAAUGACCACCGUGAUGAAAUCAAAGUAUGGGCAUUUAAGGAAAGGAAUAUUGAGAAUAAUACAAGAAUUAUGGGUCACAGAGCAACAGAUUACUACGACCACAAGUGGAGUUGGAGUAAUGAGUUUAGCAUAUCAGUAAGAGACCCUGAGAUGUACAGGCCAUAUGCAAUUACAGAGAGCAAUGGAGUUCUAUUAUGGCAUAAACAAAACAAAGUGUACUGCUAUGAUAGAAAUGCAUUAACUUUAACUAUGCUUUGGGAAGGCGAUGGUAAAGGUUCUUCGUGCCUUCAAGCAAUUCCUCACACGAAUACCCUUGUUUCUUUGAAAGAUCUUGGAGAAUGUUGUGCCUAUAAUGUGAGUUCAGAUAAUGGUGAGAAUUCGGGGAGUAAGAAAUCAAAACAGCGUAAAAGGAGAAAGUGCUAGCGCCGUGCAUAACAGAGAAGUGAUUGAUGGAGCGCCUUUUGCGAAGCAAUUGUUUGAGACGUGUCUUUUUUGCACAUCUGGCGAUAAAGAAGUGAGUGCUCUUGCAGACUUUGCAGUUGCCGGUAGGUCGGAUCCACCUUCACUUUGAAGUCAUGAAUUGCUGCAGAUGGAAGAUUACUAGGAGCUACUGCAGCUUAUAAUCAAUCCUGCAGCAACUUUGGAAUACCUGACAGCAGAGGUUCUAUGGCGGGCAGCUGGUAAAGCUAUCAAGGAUUUAAGGAGAAACUUAUCACCCCCAAGACAUUUUUCAGCUCAGUGUGGUAUUAUUUUGAAUGAUCAGAUAGACCAUGUAUUUUUUUAUUUUAUUUUUGCUUUAAAUUCUUUCUCUGAAUUACGGUCUGAUCGGUUUGUUAAAACAUUUUAAGAAUUUUAUCUUUAAAUGUAGAGUUUAGCAGCCGUUUCUCCA